UGCAUCAAAUCGUUUUGAAGUGGCCGAGUCAGUUGAGACCUUGUCGUCAGAUGUCUUCUGAUUACUUCUCUUGCGACAGCCAGGCCACCUCACCUUUUCAUCACCCCAGACGAACAUUCAUCGAGUAUCACAAUCACAACAGCUUCACAAUCUUCCAACAUGCGCAGCCUCCUCAAAUUGCUUGCCACCGGAGAAGGCUGUGAUCUUGUGAUCAUAUGCGAGGGCCAAUUCUUCUUUGCCCACAGGGCGGUCGUCGGAACCCACUCACCGGUGCUCAAAUCAGAGACCGCGUUCUCUCAGUUCCUAGGUGGCGAAGCCUACACCCUCGAGAAUGUGUCUCCAGAUGCCUUUCGCAGAAUCCUGGCAUUCCUCUACCGCGGCUCCAUCUCUGACCAUCCAAGACUAUUCAAGUCGGAGAACAACGGUAUUUUGGGAACAACGCCAAUCGAACUUGCUAAGAGAUUUCCGAACGUCAACAACUUUCUCGCAACUAUUGGAGGAGGUCCAGGAUCUGUCUCCAAAGGAGAUUCGACAAGUACGAACCUAGGCAGCGUCACCACUGAACAGAAGUGGGCUGUCCUCACUUCGAAACAACGAUUGCUCAACAAGCCUCAUGACAACAGUCCAUGUAGCAGCCCGACAGAGGUGAUGGCGGAAACCGAGGUCUAUACUGCUGCAAGAAUGCUUCAGGUUGUCGGCUUACAAGAUGUUGCCCUGUCGAAGAUCAUGGCAUGGGUAGAGAAAGAGCUGCUAAAAGAGGCCUCAUUGUCCGAAGACCUGCGCUUAGCAGCUGACUACAUGCUUCGAAGAGAGAGGGCUCUUGUAACACCAUUCUUGUCUCUGUGCACACGACACAUGCCAGCUGUUGAACAAGACGCCACCUUGGUAUCUCUGUUGACCUCGUUAGAUCCCAAUACCUGGCAACUCUUGUGCAGCAUGCGUACGCAAUGGACAACAGAAAAUGACCAGCUCAAGCAGGACUUGCUCCAGCAAGAAAGACGAACACGUUUCCUGGAAGCCUCGAUCAAGCUCAACCAGAGCCAGGAGGCGCUUUUUGCAGACGAACUCACUAGCCAAAUCGACAAGCUGGGCGAGUCACUCAAGGCGUCACAGGAGAAUCACAAAUUUGCGGAGGCAAAGAUAGAAGGGCUCAACAAAAACAUUCAGUCUCAGCAAAACGAAAUUCUUCAGCUCAAGGCCGCAAAGCUUGGGGCGAAGGACGCCAACCAACCAAAGCCUGAACCCAAUUCUAAGGUCAACGAAGAGCUCCGAGCCACAAAUCAAAAGCUGCGUGCAGACUUGAGUUCGUUGCGGGCGAGCCAAGCUCGACUCAGAGACGAGCUCAAGAACGAAAAGCAGCUGUAUCAAAAAUUGUGCACACAGUAUAACGAGUCGAAAAGCGCGAUCGACAGGUUCAGGACAGCCGUCAACAGGAACAGUUCUUGCAACAAUUGCAAGCACCGGUGGAAUAUUGAUAUAGAACACAUGGGGUACAAUGAGAUCGGCAUCAUGUGCAACGGUUGUUGGGAAAUGGUAUGGUACUAGGGUCAGAUGGGCGACGUGCGGACAUACUACUCGUGAGACAUGCUUGAGCGAGGUGAGGCUGAUGUUGUGGGCGAUGAUAUGGUAAAGUCGAUUGUAGACAAGAGGGGACCACCACAAGACAGAUGAGCAAGUGGCUUUCCUGAGAAGAGUCCGGGCAAGUCAGUGAACAUCUUGAGGUGGCUGAAUGUCGUAGCACGUCCAGACC